AAUUUACAUAUUUUUAAAAUUUAGAUAUUUUAUUUUAUGGCCGAGUUCCUCUGCCGACUAAUUUUAACGCAGUGCAAUCCUCGAAUGUACAGGACUAGCAAAUCGAGUCUCAGUACUAUUAUUGAGAGUGCACAUUCCGCAUACUUCAAUUAUACUUAUACAAAAGCCAAUGCCAUCCACAGCCCAUCUCAAUCUUAAUCUCACGGCAUUCUGUAGAAAGAGUCGGUUGAAUGAGGCGCUACACUUACUGCUUACAAUACACAACACCUCUUGUACAUUCCUCUGUAUAUCUUCAACUAUUGCAGACCUGCAUUGCCAAGAAUGCGCUUUCACAAGGUAAACAAGCCUACUCUGUCAUCAGUUAUAGGGGAUUUGCAUUUGCUACAGUUGCCUUUUUUCAAAAUAAGCUUAUCGACAUGUAUGCCAAAUGCGGGAGUUUGUUGGAUGCUCGUCAAGUUUUCGACGACACGAAAGAAGGAGACUGCUUCUCAUGGAACGCCAUCAUUGCAGCUUAUCGAAGACAUGGGUAUGAACAAGAUGCAUUGACACUGUUUCAGCAAAUGCAACGAAUAGGUGUCCAACCCGACAGGUUCAUCUUUUCCAGCAUAAUCCAAACCUGUGCCAAAACAAGAGCUCUGGAACAGGGUAUAGGUAUCCAUCAAAGCGUAAUAGAAAGAGGGUUGUUAUCAGAUGUCGUAGUUGGAAGUGCCGUGGUAGACAUGUAUGCUAAAUGUGGAAGCAUACUGAAGGCGCGUGAAGUGUUUGACAAAAUGCCUCAAAGAAAUGUUAUUUCAUGGAAUGCUAUGAUCUCAGGAUACGCACAAAAUGGUAUUCUUAAUGAGGCUUGGAGGCUUUUCAAACUUAUGCCUCAGAAAAAUUUGGCCUCAUGGAAUGCAAUGAUUGCAGGGUAUGCACACCAGGGUUUUGAUGAAGAAGCCUUGGAGACUUUUGAACAUAUGGAGUUGGCGGGCUUAGAGCCGAACUCCACAACCUUUGGCAGCAUCCUUCCAGUCUGCGCUAAAUUAGGAGCUUUGGAACAGGGUAUGGAUAUCCAUAAAAGCAUAAUUGAAAGUGGAUUGUUGUCAAAUGUUGUUGUUGGAAGUGCCCUGAUAAACAUGUAUUCAGAAUGUGGAUGCAUAGACAAGGCUUGUGAAGUGUUUGGCAAAAUGCCUCAGAGAAAUGUGGUCUCAUGGACUUCAAUGCUUGCAGGAUAUGCACAAAAUGGUGAUCUUGAUGCGGCUUUGAGUCUUUUCAAACAAAUGCCUCAAAGAAAUGUGGUCUCAUGGACUACCAUGAUGGCAGGGUAUGUAGAAAAAGGGUUUAAUGAAAAGGCUUUGGAAACUUUUCUUCAAAUGCAAUUGGCUGGUGUAAAGCCAAACUCCACAACAUUUGCCAGCAUCCUUCCUGCCUGCACUAAUAUGGGAGCUUUAGAACAGGGUAUGGGUAUCCAUGCUAGGAUAGUCAAAAGUAGAUUUUUGACCGAUUUGGUAGUUGUGAGUUCCCUAAUCGACAUGUAUGGAAAAUGUGGUAGCAUAAGGAAGGCAAGUGAACUUUUUGAUAAAAUGCCACAGCGUAAUGUGGUUUCGUGGACUGCAAUGAUCAUGGGAUAUGCACAAAACGGUUUUUUUGAAGAAGCCUUAGAAACUUUUAAACAAAUGUUUUUGGCAGGUGUAAAGCCAAAUCCCACUACCUUUUCCAGCACCCUACCGGCUUGUGCCAAAAUGGGAGCUUUGGAACUUGGUAAGGCUAUUCAUCAAAGUGUAAUUGUAAGUGGUUUUUUGUCAGAAGUCGCAGUUGUCAAUGCACUGAUAGACAUGUAUGCAAAAUCUGGAAGCAUACAGCAGGCUUGCGAACUAUUUGAUAAAAUGUCUCAAAGAGAUGCAGUAUCGUGGAAUGUGAUGCUUGCAGGGUAUGCACAAAAUGGUAUUCUUGCCAAAGCUUUAAAUAUUUUCAAAGAAAUGCCUCAAAGAAAUGUGGUUUCAUGGACUGUGAUGAUUGCAGGGUAUGUCCAAAACGGGUUUGUCGAAGAGGCCUUGGAAACUUAUAAGCAAAUGCAAUUGGCUGGUGUAAAGCCAAACUCCACGACAUUUGCUAGCAUCCUCCCAGGCUGCGCAAAAAUUGGAGCUUUGGAACAGGGUAUUGACAUCCAUCAAAGCAUAAUCGAAAGUGAAUUUAGUUCAGAUGUCAUAGUUGUGAAUGCCCUGAUAGACAUGUAUGCAAAAUGUGGAAGCAUACAAAAGGCACGUGAGCUGUUUGACAAAAUGUCUAAUCGAGAUGUAAUCUCAUGGAAUACAAUGAUCACAGGAUAUGCUCAAAAUGGCUUUUGCAAGGAUGCUCUCAAACUCUUUGAACUAAUGAAGCACUGUGGAAAGUUUCCUAACCAUAUAAGCUUUGCUAGUGUUUUAUUUGCAUGCAGCCAUGCGGGUUUUAUGGGCGAGGGCUGCAAAUAUUUAAAAGAGAUGAGCGACUCUUAUUGCAUUACACCUACGAUUGAUCAUUAUGUGUGCAUGGUUGACCUUUUUGGCCGUGCUGGUUAUCUUGAGGAAACUCUAAACCUUAUCAUCAAAAUGCCAGUCAAACCUGUGGUGUUUGUGUGGAUGUGUUUGCUUAGUGCCUGUAGGACACAUAAGAAUAUAGGGUUAGGAGUAUUUGCAUCAACUCACCUUCUUGAGCUGGAUCCUAAAAAGUCUGCAACUUAUGUUCUUCUGUCAAACAUGUAUGCAGAAGGGGGCAGGUGGGGUGAGGUUCAAAAGGUAAGGAGAUUGAUGAAAGAUGGAGGAAUUGAAAAGACACCUGGAUGCACUUGGAUUGAAGUACAUAAAACAGUACAUGCUUUUUGUGUAGGAGACAGAUAUCAUCUAUGGACACAGGAGAUUGGUGCAAAUUCAGAGAAAUUCUCUUGGGAGAUGAAGGAAGAAGGGAAUUUUUCUGAUUGUAGAAAUUUUUUGAAUGAUGUGGACAAGGAGGAAAAGAAUGUAUUCCUGUGCCACCAUAGUGAGAUGGCAAUCGCAUUUGGACUGUAAAACACACAUUCUGGAACAACUAUUAGAGUUGUCAAGAAUCUUUUAGCAUCUGUUGAUAGCCAGACUGCAACCAAGUUUGUCUUCAAGACUGUUAUGUGAACUGGUUUCAUCAUUUUAAACAAGGCAAAUGUCCUUGCAGUGAUUAUAGGUAAUGCUAAAUGAAGCAAUCUUUAUACGUAGGCUUGCACUAAAAUAAGGUGCAGUAUGUCAGACCUGCUCUGAUAAACAGGAAUCAGUUUUCAUUCUCAGUUUCUAGAAAUUGCUUUUGGAGCUCUAGAUCAGCCUCUUGACUUAUAAAAUCAGUUGGAAUAUGUGACAUGCAUCAUUGUGUGAAUAUGCUAAUUGGAUAUCUGUACAAACCCUAUUUAAUAAUACCAUGAAGGUGUUCUGACAUUGCACUGUAUAUCAGGAACUCUGCACGGCUCUGGUAGGGAAGUCUAGAGGAGGGAAUGGAAAAUAGAAAAAGUAAAAGGAGAGGAACAUUUGACAGAAAUUGAAAGAUGCUUGGCCAGCAGGAAUUAUGAGGGAAGGACUUGCAAUCAUUCCAAUGCUUGGGGAUAAUGGGGAGAGCAUCUCGUGAUGAGCCUAACAUCAUGUACGCAAAAUAUGGCAACAGUUGUUACUAAUAGAAGGGCAUGCAACGGUGUAAUUACUUACCUUUACCUCCAUCUUUAUCUGCAAUUGGAGAUAUCUGCAACCUGCAGAAAUUAACAAUGGCCACCAUAUCCAGUUACAGUUAAAGCAAGAAAAAUUCAUCAUCUCAGAAUAGCGAAUUUUCCAACUCUCUCCUCGUGCAGUUUUAAGAGUAAUUUGCAUCAUCAAAUCUUAAAGUUCAUUCAGUCAUUUCCUGAGGCCUCGAAGAUACUGUAAUCUUUUAUACUAUUUAUAAUUUAUAUUUGAACCCACACAACUACAGCUAGAUGCUGUAGCUAAGUUUAGCUGAUGUAAUGAAACAAUUUGCAGAUAUA